ACCUUAGUAAAGUAAAACUACUGCUAUUAUUACCUACGUUUACUGAGAAACGGCCAUAAGGGUCCCUUCAACAAGGUAAAUGCUGCGUGUAAAGAAUUCCGCCACGAUAGGAUUUGUUUACCGUUCAAACUAGCUCUCUGUGUCUUCUUCUCUCCAUUUCCUUCCAUUAGUCACAUUACACACAUUUUGUGUGAGAGUGGCUUCGUUUUUUGUUGACCGACCGACUGACAGGAAAAGGUGGGUAGGUAGGUUUAGUAGGUAGUGGAAUAAAGUAAGUUCUUGGAAGACUGGAAGAAAUUUAAUUGACGGGAUGCAAUAAAGAUUAAGAUUUUGUCACGAGAUCAAAGACUGAGUAGGAGGAGGGAGGGGUGGGACGGACGGAGGACGGAAGGAAGUGUCGUUGCUGGAAGUAGCUUAUCAUCAGGAUUUACCAAGAUGUCGGGCAACGCCAGCAGUAGCGGUCGUCCCAUCCGAAAUUCGACGGGGGGUAUGAGCACAUCCACCAGCAAGAAUGGGUCAUCAGCAUUAUCCUUGUCUAAAGCAACGACGCGAAGGUCCAGUCUGUCCUCUUCGACGAAGCUGCUCGAACUUGGUAAAACUGUGCUCAACGGGUCUAUCAAAAAAUCUGUGAAACCAAGUCUUAUCUCGAAAAAUACACGUCAUUCUGAAGAAAGUGCCAAAAAAACUGCCAAGGGGGGGAAAGCUGUCAAUGGGCAUAAUAAUAGCAAUAAGAAUGGGAGUAAUACUGCUACGUCUAAGAAUGGGAAGAAUGAUGGGGAUAAGACGAAUGGGGCGAAAAAUAAUAGUGCGAUAGGUCCCACUCCUGGGUGUUCCAAGAUUGCCGUCGUCGCCUUAGGACCGCUUUCUCCAUCAUCCAUCACCAUAGUCGAAUCGCUCAAAAAACACGUUCGCUCGGAAUACAUGAGGCUCCUUAACCAAAAAAGACAACGGAAAAGUUGUGAGGCAAAGUAUGCUUGGAAUGAUAACCUGUCAAAAAUGAAGGGAAUGUUGCUUGAAGGAACUCGAUACAUGAAAGAAUCCCGUCGUCCCGUCGUUUGGGAAUGCAAACCUAAAGAAUCUGAUGAAGUCAAAAGUGAGGUUUCAAAGUCGACACGGUUUAUGAAACGAGCAACCAUCACAUCUUCCGACAUGCCUACACAGCACUGCCCGAUAAUUACGAUUAAUCAAAUAAGCGCAAUUCCAAACAUGUUUACUUGGGCUUCAGUAAGAACAAACUUGAUGGUUGAAGACGAAACCGUCCUGCAUAACAUUCCAUACAUGGGGGACGAAGUUUUGGAUCAUGAUGGGAAAUUCAUUGAAGAACUUAUAAAAAAUUAUGACGGGAAAGUUCAUGGAGACAAGGAAAAUAGUUUUGUGGACAAUGAAGUAUUUGUUGAUUUGGUGAAAGCCUUGCAAGUUACGGAGACUACUUUGAGAGCUUCAAUGAAGUCCAGCUGGAACAAGAUGGUAGGAAUGAGUAGUACUAGUAAGGAUAAGGAUGCAGCAGCCUCAGACCAAGUCAAGAUAGAAGGAGGAAUUGGAAAAAUUUCAGAUGCACGAAUUUUAGCCUUGUCAGAGAAAUUGGCUAAACGCAAAACAAAACUGCCCUCGCCUAGUGUAUUCAAAGCUAUUUCUGACAUAUAUCCCGAACGUGGCACGCCACAGGAGUUGAGAGAACGUUUCGUUGAACUUUUAGAGAAAAUGGAGCCUGGCGUAGUUGUCUCGGAAUGUACACCAAAUAUUGAUGGUCCCACUGCCGAGUCCGUACCUCCGGAACAAACUAUGCAUUCUUAUCACAGCCUAUUUUGCAGACGCUGUUUUAAAUAUGAUUGCUUUUUGCAUCGAUUAAAGACUGAUCACCCAGGUCCGAAGACCGUAUUAAAGAAGAAGCCUCUCGAAGCCAAACCUACAGUUCCUUGCAGCUCGCAAUGUUUCCUGCUCUUGGACGAAGUCAAACAACGACUCGCUAUCCAAGCUGCUCUUCAAGCCAAGGCCGAAAAGGAGUUGGAAGCAUCAAUGGCGGAAGUGUCCCGACCAAAGAAAAUACGCAAACAAAAUUCUCUAGAAUCUGGCGAUGAGGACAGCAAUGAUAGCACUAAAGUGGUUGGAAAUGGUGGGAGGAAAGAAAGGAAGAAUGGAAACUCUUCUCACUCAAAUACGAAUGGAAAUGGGAAGCUUAAUAACGAUAAAUCCAACAAUAACGGGGACAAGAGGCGAGAAUCCAAGGAAUCAUUGGAUUCAAAUAAAUCCAACAAUGAAAAAUGCAACAAUGGGAACGGGUCUAAUGUUAUUAUUAAUGAGUCUGAGUCGUCUUCGGGGGUAAUGCUAGGUCCCAGUUUUUUGGAUGUCUUUCAAUCUAAAUUGCCAGAAUGGACAAGUGCUGAAUGCAGUCUUUUUCGGUCAAUUCACAAAGUUUAUGGUUCAAAUUAUUGCUGCAUUUCACGAACAAUGCUAAGCCGUAGUUGUCAGGAGGUAUACCACUUUGCUCAGAAAGAAGCUCAGGAUGUGCUCACCGAAGAAUCAUCCAAGGAACUAACUCCUCCUAGAAAGAAGGCAAAAAAGAAGAAUCGGUUGUGGUCUCUACAUUGCAGAAAAAUCCAAUUGAAGAAAGACGACUCAUCAAGCCAUGUGUACAGCUAUACUCCAUGUGACCAUCCUGGCACUCCUUGCGACAAAAGUUGUCCAUGCGUUGCAAUGUCAAACUUUUGCGAAAAGUUUUGUCUGUGCAGUUUAGAAUGCCAGAAUAGGUUUCCAGGUUGUCGAUGUAAAGCGCAGUGUAACACCAAACAGUGUCCUUGUUACUUGGCUGUACGAGAGUGCGACCCUGACCUUUGCUCGAUUUGUGGAGCGGACCAACACGAUGUGACAAAGAUAAACUGCAAAAACGUUAGUUGUCAGCGUGGAUUGCAUAAGCAUUUACUCAUGGCCCCUUCCGAUAUUGCCGGAUGGGGAAUAUUCCUUAAGGAGUCAGCCCUAAAGAACGAGUUCAUAAGUGAAUAUUGUGGCGAGGUUAUUACUCAAGAUGAGGCUGAUCGACGAGGAAAAGUUUACGACAGGCAUAUGUGCAGCUUCCUGUUCAAUCUCAACAAUGAUUUUGUGGUGGAUGCAACUCGCAAAGGAAACAAAAUUCGAUUCGCUAAUCAUUCCGUGCAUCCAAAUUGCUACGCUGUCAUCAAGAUGGUUAACGGUGACCAUCGUAUUGGCAUUUUCGCCAAACGCGCAAUACAACCAGGCGAGGAAUUGUUUUUUGAUUAUCGAUACGGUCCAACUGAACAGUUAAAGUUUGUCGGAAUCGAACGCGAAGUGGACAUUGUGUAAAGAAAGAAAAACGCCUUUUCAACAAAAUUCAAGACUUACAAUUGAUUCAAACUGCCUACGAAAUAGUCUGUGUUCUCACUUUCUCCGAAGUACAAAGUAUGAAGGAUUUCCCCAUACUCAACAAUUUCUCUAUCAUGAAGAACCCUUAUAUACAUACAUAUACUAAAUCGAAUUGCUCCUGAUUGUACAAAAAUACCUACUUUAAUUUCAAACAGCUCAUUUAUACUGCAGUAGUAGACACCUCAAAUGGUGUCUCACUUUUUUUUCAGAACUUUAGAUCUCGUUUAUCGAACUUAAUUUAUACAAUUGUAGUAAUAAUUUCAGUUCCUGUUUUAAGCACUAUUCAAUUUGUAAUAUUUUACCGGCUAGUAUACAUAGUAUCUUUUACACAUACAUAACUUAUUAUUUUAUACUGGAGAAAAUAUUUACAAAUAUUUACUGCCAUCAUCGGACCACACUCGUCUAAUGUUCUCACUUGAAUGUGUUCAAUUUGUAUGUAUUUUUUCUACACAACUUUUGUACUGAUAUACCUUUCACCAAACUUAUUGAACGUGUUAGGAUAAAAAUUAGAAAUAAACCAACUAGUAGUGGACUACAAUGUCCUGUUGUGUCCCUGCAGUUUUAUACAUAGUUCUGUAGAUGGAUAAAAUGUGUGCCUUCUGAAAAGAACUUGAAAAUAAACAUGGUAAUAAAUUUCGUUACGAAUUCAAA